UAGUCGAGCUCUGCACCUCGAGGUAUGCGGGUGGCGAGCACCAGCCGCGACCCUGACCACCCUGCUGACAAAUGCGGGGGCGGCCAAGCGCAGCCGGCCACAUUGGGAAAGUCGAAAGUGCGACAGUUUUUCUCUUGGAUUUCACAAUCUCUCCGCGACAGCCCGAAAAAGGAAAGUCACCAUGGAGUGGAGGCAGGUUCUGACCUGGAUGAGGAAAUGGAGAAGGUAUUUGCAAUGGGAAGCGGUGAGACGAAAUUCGACGUGUCCAGGCUGUCCACCUCGCCCGGUGAAACGCCACAGGACAGGAGGAAAUUCGAUGAACGGGAUUAUAGCCAGCACCGAAAAAAGAGUUAUCCCCACACUCAUGCUCCUUUGAAGUCGAUACAUUCGAGGUCAAUGCGCCGUCGCCUCACCUCACCAAGACUCUCUGAAAGUGAAGCAGCAGAUCUGGCAGCUUCAGUUCUUGCUGAGCAUGAAGAUGACGAAGCCAGGUCUUCCAGAGAACGUGAGAGUUUGGGCUCCGCAGAUGAGCCGGUCCAAAGGCCAGGAGGUUCUGAGGGUGGAGCCUCCGCUCCCAUUCCUGUCCCGCUCUCGGGUCUCUCUGAAGAUGAGCCCCAAGUGUCGGAAAUGGCAGCUUCCUAUCGCGGCAAGGAAUUCGACGAAGACACGACCAGACGAGUUCAAUUCCAAAUCGGAGGAGCAGGUGAAGGAAGGCGCGAUGACAGCGACAGGGAGGAGGACACUCCUCCCAAGGACAGCAAGGAGAGUUCGCCCAUGAAGUUUGAUGGCUCCGACAAAGGAAAAAGGAGGAGAUACAGCAAGCACAAGAUACGAAAAUACAGUUUGCAAGAGGAUCCUCAGUGGAGGGUGCGGGCUGGCUCAGAAGCGCCGUCUGAAUCUUCACUCAGACCCACUCUCGACGGAGAAGAAGCCUCCACGCUGGUGGAGAUGGACCAAGACGACCUUACGAGCCACAGGUUUGACGACGCCAAGGGAAUGAGGCGGUACAAAACGUCAAAGUCUUCCAUCGGCGGCGUGGCCGGGGACAACAUAGUCAGCAUCAGCAGGCGGGACGGAAACCUGGUGCCCGUCGGAAUGGGCUUGCCGCUCGGCGCUCAGCCCAAAAAGCUUUUCGACCACAGUCCUCACGCCGUUUUUGUGCAACUGGACGAGUUGGCAGGAAUCGGAGACGAUCAGGAAUGGAAAGAGACUGCGCGUUGGAUCAAGUACGAGGAAGACAGGCUGGAGGGAGCGGACAGAUGGGGCAGACCUCACGUUGCCUCCCUCAGCUUCCACUCGCUGCUCAACCUGCGCCGCUGCCUCGAAACGGGUGUCAUCCUGCUCGAUCUGGAGGAAAAGGAUUUGCCUGGGGUUGCCUUCCGAGUCGUCGAGCAGAUGGCCGUGGAGGAGCUGGUCGAGGCCGAGUCGAAAGCCGCCGUGAUGAGGGCGCUUUUGCUGCGCCACCGGCCUGUCGCCCAUCACGACAAAUUUCGUUUUGGGGUGAUCAAGAGGAAUGCUUCCAGCUACACUAGCUUGCAGAAUUAUUUCCUAUCGGACGAUGCCGAUUACCAGGAGAGAUUGAGAAGAGAAGAGUUUCUCCGAAGAUACAGCUGUAACUUGGCUGAAGACAAGACCAAACCACGGAUCGUGCCAUCAAUGACCAGCGUGGAUGGAUUGUCCUUGGCCAAACUCAUGGGAUCGUACUCCGCUAGCAAACAAACGAGCCUUGAUAAAAUGCACGCUAGUGAUAGCAACCACACAGUGGUGGACCUUGGCAAGGAAGAAACCACAUACUCGUCGUCGACAGAAGAUUUGAAAAAGGCCCACAACGAAAGUAUUUUGAAGAGAAUUCCCGAUGGAGCCGAGGCCACCACUGUAUUGGUCGGUUCUGUCGAGUUUUUGGAGCAGCCUACGAUCGCCUUUGUCCGCCUGGCAGAAGGCGUUCUCAUGCCUUCAAUCACUGAGGCGCCGAUCCCAGUGCGUUUCAUGUUCAUCCUCCUCGGACCGAGCGUCACCGACUUGGACUACCACGAAAUUGGCCGAUCUAUUUCAACGCUUAUGUCCAAUACCCACUUUCACAACAUUGCUUACAAAGCUGCGGACAGAAGGGAGAUCCUGUCUGCUAUAAAUGAAUUUUUAGACGACAGUAUUGUGUUGCCUCCUGGAAAUUACGAGCGAAAGGCUCUUCUCCCUUUCAAUGACUUGAAAGCAAAAAGUGAGGCUAUCCGCAGGAGAAAAUCAACGCGCGAUCCUCCCGACGAGAUGCAGCGAGCUCUUUUGCUGGAGGAAGCGAAGAAGCCACCUGAGGAUGACCCUCUAAUCAGAACAAAAAGACCCUUUGGAGGGCUCAUUAAAGACAUCAAGAGGCGCUGGCCGAAAUUCAAAUCUGAUAUAGUCGAUGGAUUAAAUUUCCAAUGUGUAGCAGCUUCCAUUUUCAUUUACUUCGCAUGUCUUUCCGGAGCAAUCACUUUCGGUGGCCUGAUGGGUGACAAGACCAACAACCAAAUCGGCAUAUCUGAAACCUUGGUCGCCACUUGCCUCUCUGGAGUGAUUUUCGCAUUGCUCUCUGGACAACCUCUUGUGAUAGUUGGAACCACCGGCCCGCUUCUUCUUUUUGAUGAAUCCCUGUUUGCGUUCUGCGAAGAAUAUGGAAUCGAAUUUCUCUCCUUGAGAGUCUGGAUUGGUGCCUGGCUUGUGAUAAUAGGACUCAUCGUGGUCUGCGUCGAGGGAUCGGUGCUCGUGAAACGGUUCACUAGAUUCACUGAGGAGAUAUUCGCGUCUUUGAUAUCACUCCUGUACAUUUACGAGAGUUUCGUCAAGCUGUACCAAGUGUUCAAGCAGCAUCCGCUGCAGCCAGAAUACUGCGAUUUUGAACCAUCUCCGUUGGUCAACAGCACAUCUUUGGGUAGGAUGGACGAAUCAUACUCUCUACUCCUUGAAAAUUCAUCAACAGCCUUGAUGGACAUGUGGAACACCACAGUUGCGCCGCCGACAUCACAGCCUGGGCCUAUAAUCAAGGAAAAUCAGCCAAACACAGCUCUUUUGUGUGUGAUUCUGGCCUUCGGCACGUUUUUCAUUGCCUACUACCUGAGACAGUUUCGUAACAGCAAAUUCUUAGGAAGAAGCGCGCGGCGAGCUCUGGGAGAUUUUGGCGUGCCAAUUGCGAUUGUGAUAAUGGUUUCUCUGGACUACAUGAUAACCAACACGUACACGGACAAACUGAGAGUGCCAGAGGGCCUGUCUCCCUCCAGCCCUGGAGACAGAGGUUGGAUCAUCAAUCCCGGCGGGAAAAACAAGCCACUGGAAGUUUGGGUAGCGAUCGCAUGCGCCGUUCCAGCUGUGCUCGUGUACAUCCUGCUUUUCAUGGAGACGCACAUCUGCGAGCUUAUUAUCGACAAAAAGGAGAGAAAGCUGAAAAAAGGCUCUGGAUUCCACCUGGACAUAGUUCUGGUGUGCAUGUUGAACAUGGGCUGUGGUUUGAUGGGAGCCCCUUGGAUUUGUGCCGCGACUGUGCGGUCGGUGGCGCACGUCUCCGCACUAACGGUCAUGUCGAGGGACCACGCUCCUGGCGACAAGCCGCACAUCAUCGAGGUCAAGGAGCAAAGAAUGACCGCACUGGCUGUUAGCGUACUCGUGGGAAUAUCGGUCGCAAUGGCACCAUUUUUGCGCCUUGUACCGAUCGCUGUGCUUUUCGGAGUCUUCCUCUACAUGGGUGUUUCGUCUAUGACUGGUAUCCAGUUCUUUGAGAGGGUGCAACUGUUUCUCAUGCCUGUGAAGCACCACCCUCAAGUACCUUACGUUCGAAGGGUGAAGACAGCAAAAAUGCACCUUUUCACCAUCAUUCAAGUCAUAUGUCUGGCAACCCUCUGGGUGGUCAAAUCCACACCAGCCUCUCUUGCAUUUCCAUUUUUCUUGAUUCUCAUGGUGCCCAUCAGGACCAGUUUGCAGCACAUUUUCAGCCCAAGAGAGUUACGAGCGCUUGAUGGGGCGCAGGUUGAUGAAGAUGAGGAUGAACCUGAUUUCUACGCCCAAGCACAUCUUCCUGGCUAGACAAGUUUCAUUUUAUAAUACAAUUUUGCGCAAUUUUGUGUGUACACAUUAUGUUGGUCGUUUGAGGUAAUAGCUUCAGUUUAUAACAUUAUUUUAAUAAUUUAGAAAGAAAUACUCCGAAUCUAUUAGAUGUUAGAUGUAUUUUAUACAUGUACCUGAAAAAAAUUGAAUUCUAUUAAGAUUUAUACAAGAGAAAAAUAAAAAAAAUAUUUCAAUUGA